AAGAAAAUAAAAUGCUUAAGAAAGAAAAUGAAUUAUUAAAAGUUCAAUUUGCAUUAGCAACAGAAGAGCUUGAUGUUUACAAAAAUCCUAGAACAUCUACUUUGUGCUUAGUUCUAAAGUAUCCAGUUCAUAGUUCACAAAACAAUAACUCUCAAGCAACUUCUGAAAACUAA